GACAUUUUGAGAGUUGUAAACCCUGCAAUUGUGAAUCUGAUAGUAAUCGUGCAGCUGAGCUCUCAUCUUCUUAGUCUCACUUCUCAAUCUCCACAGCUGCCGGAACGGAUUCGGAUGGCGUCAAUCGCCCAUGGCCUUCAUUCCACCCUUCUUCAUUCUUAGUCUUCUUCGUCGCUUGCCCUCAUCUUGCCCUGUGAGAUUUUCUAUAUCUUUCACUCUCCAUUUAUCUCUCUCCAAAUUAACCCAAUCUCCAUAGUCCGUUUUAUGUGUCUGUCUUUCUCGUGACAGACUUUGAGAUCUUUAAAUCAACGGCCACAUCAUUUUAUUUUUGGUUUGAUUUCUGAACACCUCUCUGUAGUCUGUAGUUCCUUUCUGUUUUCUGCUGGUCUUGGAUUGCCCCGUUAGUUGGUUAUCGAUUCAAUUGCCGGUCCAACCAGUUGAACUAUGAGACCUGUGGCCCACUGACAUUUCUUGUUCAUUAUUUGGUAUGGGUUUUAAAACAUUGGUUCACCCCAACUAGAACCCAAAACUCUGAGUGGUUCACACCGUCCUCCAAAUCUUCUUCCGUUGAACACCAUCGGUUUCUCCUCAUCCUUUGUUGUUCCCUCACUCCAUCACAGUUGCCUACUUGAUAAUUAUUUAGAAUUGCAGCAAUUAAUCUAUGGAUGGUGAGGUGUGGGGAUGUUCUAGAAGAGAGGACAGCAAUGAUGAAGUUGUUUUGCAAGACUCUAGCGACGAAGAAGAACAUCACUUUUUGGCUGGUUCCAUGGCCAAGUUGCAGUUUCGGUCUGUUAAAUCCAAGGCUAGCUGGAACGAUGAAAUGGGAAUGGCAGAAGUUAUUGAAAAGAAAGGCAAACUGUGGGUAACAACUGGAAUAAUUCGUGAGGGCAGGACAUAUUGUUCAACUGAGGAGACUUUGUAUUUGAUGGAAUUAGGAGCGUUACAUAUCUUGGAUAAUUGUGAUAUGUGCAUACCACUAAUAGACAUAUACAGGAAGGUCGCAGGCAGGGAGGAUGGAUGCUGUUGGGAGCUGUUUGAGGUUUACAAGCACCUUAAAUCUCUUGGUUAUAUAGUUGGACGGCAUGGUGUUUCUUGGAGUAUGAAGGAUACUUCAAAAUCUGGCCAUAAACCUGUUGCUCUUGAAGACACUGGAGAAAAGAAUCAAUCAAUAGACAUGGGUUCCAGAGAUGAGAAAUCCUUAAAUAAGUUGUUCAGUGAGAUGCAUAUUAAUGAAUUGAGGCCAGAUUUUGAUGUUUAUCUCCCAAACAACAGGUUUCGAAAGACUUCUCCUGGUGAUCCGACUUUUCUGCUCCACUUGUCCAGGGGCCAUCCGCCAUCGCGAGAAGAAAUUGAAGUCCUUGAGAACCAAUGCGGUGAGAUUCCGCUAAAAAUUUCUGUGGUUGAAGAUGGACGGGUCAGUUUCUUUUCGUUUGACAAGGUGGAGCUUCCUGUUCUACCCUGAAUUUUAUUCUAUUUUGUUUCUUCUGAUUUGUUAUUGUUGGCUUAGCGGAAAAGAGGAGCAUAAUGAAAUACUUAUGAAGCUGGAUAUUGAUGGUUAUGAGCAUUGAGAUAAGCUAUGUUCAGUUAGAAUCCUUUAGUGAAACAGUCGCUCAGUUCUAUUUCGGUAAAAAAAAAAAAAAAACGGACUGACUGUUCCAAAAAAAAAAAAGGAAAAAGAAAAAGAAACAGUCUUCUGUUUCGCAAAGCUAUGAAUGCUCUUUUGGCGGUGUGCAUAUUAAUAUUAUCAUUUUAGUUGAUUCCA